AUGGAGACAGACAUCGGCAACGGCGAACUGCAAGCACUAGAGGAGAGGACUGGAAUCCCAGAAUGCAAUACAAAAACAAAGGCUUCUCCAGCAUUCGAGGAGGUCCUGGACGCCAUUGGGUCCAGGGGGAAGUUCCAGAUGAGGCUGAACAUCGUUUUCGUUUGCUUUGCCUCAUGCUUCGACCUGAUGAGUGUCAACAUGUUCUACCUGGCUAUGCAGACUCCUGAUCACUGGUGCUACGUCCCUGGCAGGGAACUUUCCAACCUUUCGAUUGAGGAGUGGAAGAACCUCACCAUACCGAGGGAAGGGGCCUCGCUCAGCAAGUGCCUGAUGUACAACCAGAGCGAUGUGACGGACUCCGGCGGCAGCAGGGAACCUGUGAAGUGCCAGCACGGCUGGGAGUACGACGACACCUGGUUCUCCCUGACGGUGACGUCACAGAUGAACUGGGUCUGCGACAACCGGCAGGCCGUCAAUGACGUCUUGUUCUACUCACAGAUUAUUGGAGUGGCCCUGGGGUUACUGUUUGGCUACAUAGGAGACAUGUACGGCCGACGCCCCCAGCAGCUGUUGUGCCUGUCAGCACACGUGGUCAGCAGGCUGCUGGUCGUGCUGUCUCCACACGUGCUGCCGCUCUUCAUCCUGGCAGUAUCCCUCGUGUCAGCUGCGGCUGGGCCUUUGACAGAAUCUGUCUUGUCUGUUGGUUUGGAGCUGACUGAUAUCAAGCACCGCACUGCAGUCAACCGCUAUGCGUGCUGCAGCAUGGCCGUUGGAAUGAUGCUUGCUGGUCUGGUGCCUUGGGCGCUGCCCAAUUGGAACUAUUCCCUCUCGUUUGCUGCCCUCAGUUGUUUUAUACUAUUCUUCUUCUUCAGUUGGUUCCCCGAGUCUCCACGCUGGCUGGCGUGCAGGGGUCGCGAGCAGGAGGCGCUGGCUGUUCUGCGUCGCAUAGCAGCCACCAACGGCUCCACGGUGCCCCCGUUCGCCUUACAGGUGAUCCAGACCGUGGCCAAGAGCAAGACAGACAGGAGGGGCUUCCUCGGCAUCUUCUCCAGCUGGAAUGUCUUCAGGAACACAGUAAUCCUCAUUGUUGCCAGGUCGGUACACCUGCUGACAAUGUACUCACCGGUGAUAGCGGUGAGCCGAUUGAGCGCGAACCCUUUCCUGGGGAUAGUGGCGCAGGGGGCGGCCAAGUUCACUGCCUACUACCUGGUGAACUACUUUGCGGCGAGGUUCGGCCGCCGUUGGCCUGGCAUGGCCAGUGCACUGUUGGCUGCACUGGUCUGUGUACUCAUCUUCUACCUGCUGACUGCGCACAUCGCGGGUCCAGGCAUCGUGAUGGCGACCAUGCUGAUGCAGUUCAGCACCGUUGCCAACUUGGGCAUGGCGAACCUGCAGAGCAUCGAGGUGCACCCCACGUGUCUCCGGCAGAUCGCAACCAGUGUCGAGUGGGCAAUCGCCGGGGUUGUCAUGUCUUCCCUGCCCUACCUGGCUUUGAUGGACGACAAGCGACUUCCCUUCGCCAUCCUCGCAGCCCUGAACUUGGUGGUAGCGUUUUCCGUGUCGUUCCUGCCGGAAUCUGCGCUUCAGCGAUUGCCGGAGACGUUAAGGGAUGGUGCCGUCUUUGGCAGAGGACAGCCUUACUGGAGCUGGAAACCCAAACCGACACCAGAGUACGCCAAGGGAUAA